AUGCAGAUAACCGAUCGAGCAAUUCCCCAAGACUCCACCGUGGUGGUCUUCGGAGCAAACGGAUACACCGCAGCCGAAACAUGUGAGAAGCUUCUACAAGCCGGAUACCAUAUCCGCGGCACAGUCCGCGACGUCAGCAAGCACCAGCCGUGGAUGCACAAGCUCUUCAACAACAAGUGGCCCGGCAAGUUUGAAGGACGUUGA